UCUCGUAGCAACCUUCUAAACAUAAAUAUGGCGGCAGAAUCGUAGAGUGAUUAAAAAAGCGAGAUAUACACUCUCUUAAACCAAAUAAACGGUUGAUACAAUGUCAAAAGCAGGGAAAAGAGUUAAAAGUGGUUCAGGACAAGGAGGUGCCAAAUGGGAACAACCACUGUUGGCCGCUACUUUUGACGAGGAAAGUUGGAAGGCUAAUGUGACAUUUGUGGUAGGCGAGAAACCUGAAGAUUAUACAUGGAUUGAUAUCCUUGGGGCUACCAUCGCUGCAGGAUCCAGAAGACUUUUCAGUGUAAUCUCUAAGGAGCAGCUGGAGGCUGAGGUCAAAGAAUUGGGAAACCCAAAAGGCAAGAAACCAAAGGAAGUUCCCCAACAUUUUGAAGUGUGUGAGCCAUGCAAAAUACACUUGGAUAAUGGUGAAGAAAUACCACUGCCUCUCCUAGCACGGCUCAUUAAGUUUAAACUUUUGGCAAUCAAAGCUAAUGAUCUUAAGCGCAGGGAAACAGAAAAGAAGCUAGGGCAAGGUGGUAAGAAAAAAAAGGCUGCAGAUGGUAAGGACAAAGGAAAAGGAGGAAAAGAUAAACCAAAGUCUGCAGGGAAGGGGAAAGGGGGAGGAAAGAAGACCCCAGAGCCCCCCUCAGCCAAGGAGGGGUCCAAACUGAGGAAGCGAGGGGAAGAGGAUGAUGAAGGAAAAUACAUAGAUGAUGAGCCAGAUGACGGAGCUCAGCACUACGUGGUCAUCUACGGCUUCCACAACCCACACCUGAUCGCCUACCUGUCUGAGCUGGGGAUCACUGUGGAGUCCAUUGUAAAAAUCAGCUCUCAGGAUUACUCCAGGUUCCAGAAACAGGAAGUUCCAGAUGUGGAGAAAGAUGAAAAAACAUUAGCUUUAGAAGAAGUGGAGAGAAAUCAGAAGCAGAAACUGAAGAAAGAGCUGAAGCAGUACUGGAAGGAUGUGCUGUUGUUACUGCAGAAGCCACCAGAUGGCAGUAACCUCCACAACAUCGCCCGGAAAGACUAUGAGGUCAAGAACCUCAUUGUCCCUGAAAACCUUGAAGAUCCGGAGCAGAAGAAUAACUUGGGAACAGCACUGUUUGAGGAUAUUGCCUGUAUGGUGUAUGACUUGAUUGAUGCCAAGCGACAGUACCAGACUUACCUGGACAACCUAAAGCUAUUACAUAUUCCUGUCCCUGGGGAAGUGGCCCAGACUCAAGAAGAGAAGCCUGCAGUCUCUGCUGCCCCCACCCCCCAGCAGACCACCGCUCCCAGCAUCCCGUCCAUUCACCCAGACCAGUUGGAGACCAAGGUGGAGGUGGACAUGAGGUACUACAAUGACCUGAUGAACUGUAUCCCUCAGGAGAGCGCCAGCAUCCCGCUGAUGAUGCACUGCAUGCUGGAACAGGUGGCAGCUACAGAGGAAGGAAAGGACCCACCCAGUGAACAGCUCCCACCCAGACGGGCUGAUGGAAUUAACACUAACCUAGUGUCCCACAUCAGUAACAUGGCAUUCAAACUGGCUCUGUCCGAAGAUGAACACAGUAUGCUGUCGGACAUAUUUGAUUUACCAGAAAGACCCCCUGAAACUCUGAACCAGCCACUUCUCAUGAAUAUUCAUGAUGACAUUUGCAUCCGUACCAACCACCUGAAGACAAUUUACGGAUUCAAUCCACAGGAGGUGGAGAAAGAGAUGUUGAAGAAACUCCCCUUUGAAAACUUGAUUCACAUUCCCCGCCCUGCCUCUUCUGUGGCCAAGGAGCGAGCGGCCCGCCUACAGGAGCUGAUACAUUUCAGUGCCACUGAUGGCCUCUCCCAGUCAGAAAUUGACCGCGCCUUCAAGCAGUUUGUGUUUGAGUGUAUGGACUUGGCUGGUACUGAUCCCAACGGUUUUAUCAUUACUCGGGACAGCGAGGGAUUGGAGCAUUCUGCAAUCCCAUGGGAUGAUCCUUAUCCGUUCUUCAGAGGAAUGAUCCCCAAACAUGAAAAAGCCUCAAAAGAAGAAUUUAUGUCCACACCAUCAGAGGAAAGAUCAGGUGCCCAUACUGUCACAAUAAAUGUUGUCAAGUGGAGUGAUAUGGAGUUGAUUGACUAUGAGGUGCCCGAUACUCCUUCUUCAGGUCCCAGUACAGGGGAAGUAACUCCCAAUAGUUCGCAGGAGAUGCUCACGUCACAAAAAUCUGACCAGACUUUGAGAAAGUCUAGGUCAAAGAAGAAAUCGUCCACAAGUGCUGUAUCUCCUACCCCAAUUCCUCCUGAUGAACUGAAAAGAAUGGAAAAAAGUCCCGAUCCCAGCGAUCGAUCCCGACCCUCCACAGCGGACAGUAAGAAGGGGACCCUACGCCCCUCCUCCCGCUCCAGCUCAGGAGGAAGACGAUCCCGCAGUAACUCGGUCCACUUUGAGAAGGAUGCAGCAGGACAUCCCAUCAGACACAUAGAGCUCGAAGACAAGGAAGUGACAGAGGAAGAGCCAGUUAAGACGGCAGAGGAAAGCAUGCACGAGAUUGUGGACGCCCAGAAACGCGUGCUGGACCAGUGGUGCUUUGCUGAACACUAUGAACCGCAUGUACUGUUACAGGUGUUGAAAGAGACAAGCUAUCUGCUGCCUUUCAUGGACACCUAUUACAACAAGAGAGAUAACUCCAUGAUGGUGGUCUUACACAACCCCUUCAACACGGAGUUCCAGAACCACGUAGAUUGGCACACAGAACUUCAUAGUAAUUUGGGAUUUAGGAAUUACCUGGAGUAUGUCGCCGAAUCUGUUGCUGACUGGAUGCAGGAGGAGGAGGCUAAAUAUAGCGCCCAUCUGCUGAGUCGGGAACUGGACAAAAUGCAGCAGGAUGAGGAUGCUGCAGCCAAAGCAGCAGAGUUAGCCGCCAAAAAGGGCAAGAAGUCACCACGAAAAUCACCAAGCCGAUCGAAGAGUCCCAAAUCGAGAGCAAGCAGCCAUGAGAGAUCUUCCUCUGCAAACAGCAACAUGUUUGUCCGUGCUAACUCCCUGAAGGCAUGGAAGGAGGAGCAGGAUCGUGCUAAGGCUGAGGAGGAGGAGAAGGAGAGAGCACAGAGUGCUAAGAGGGCACGAUCUGCUCAGAAAAGGGCUGAAAAGGACGCUGAGAAGGAUAAGAAAAGGCCAGGCUCUCGAGGAAGUGCAAAGUCCAAAUCUUCCAAGGAGAGGGAGGCAGAGCCCCAGGAACCACCCUCAGAGGAGAACUUGGCACCCCCAGAGAGAUUCUGGCCGUUUACCGGCUAUGAUGUAGGAAACAAACUGAUCCAUGUAUCUGGAAUCACAACUUCAAUGUUCCCCUGUGAUGGCGGUCAGAUCAGGACAGAGAGAUUGGAGUUUGUUCAAGGUACAACUAGCAUAAAGUCAACAAUUUUGAAGGAUGGCCAUAACUUUACCGUCCAUAUUCUGGAUCCCAAGGAAGGGACUGAGGAGACCGAUGCUGAUGAGGACAUGCCCUCACCAGCCAAUGAAAAGGCAGAGUUUGAGAAGUCUGAAAAAGAUGAUGCUAAAACAACUGAUGGAGACCGAGGAAGCAGUGCCCAGAAGACGUUGAAGUCUGAUGGUGACAAGAGCUCAGUCAGUGCAUUCGGAUCCAUCACAGCCCAGCUAAUGGACGGAAUGACCCUGGCUCUCAGUCAGUUUGGGGCCACAGGAGAAUCCAAAGAUGGGAAAAAAUACGAACCCAUUCCUUACACUCCACCUCCAUCUACACCACUUCCUGGACCACCCCCUUCCCCCACAAAAAGCAAGAAGGGGGACAAGAAAGGGGCACCUACACCUGAACCACCUCCACCAGCAACACCACUGGAAGAUGAGGAGAAGAAGGACCAGGAGGAGAAGAAAGAUGAGGAGAAGCCGUUACAACAGCCGUUCCAGCAGCUGUAUGUCUCCUGUCCUGAUGGACUCAAUGUCAAGUUCAUGCUGGAGAGCUCACUGGGCAUGAAACCAAUAGCAGAAGAUGACAGGCGUCUGCUCGUUAAACAGAGCUAUCCCUACAAGACCAAGGGAGAGCAAGACUGCGAGGCAGUGAGGCGGAAGUAUGCACUGAAGGAGACCUCCCGAAUCAUGACUUCAGAGGGAACCGUCAUCAAAAUGAUGGAGGAUGGAAGUAUUGAGGUUUUGUAUGCUGAUGGCACAAUCAGCGUGCACAGGGGACACUGGGAGGUUCCUAGGAGGAGAAGUGUCUCCCCACAGAGACCAGAGAGUCAGGACGAGGAGAGGGGGUCAUGGACCACCACCUACCCCACAGGGGAGAAAAUCAUGUAUAAAGGGAACGGGGACAUGGAGGAACUAAAGGCCGUCAUGAUCUCUGUGGCCUCUGAUCCAGAGACCAAUCAGACAAUGGCCACCAGAGAUGACCAUGUGAUCACCGUCAGCUACCCUGAUGGCACCACUAUCGUGGAGCACGCUGAUGGGACAAGAAUCACCACCUACUACAGGGAGAACACAAUGAAUGCCGAGGAGGGCCAGGAAAUGGAAAUGGAAAAGGAGUUUAACUCCCAGACAGUUAAAUUCGUGAAGGUGGAAUGUCCAGCCUAUGCUACUGUGGAGUUUAACUGUGCCACUAGUGAGAACCUGACAAUUUUUGGGAAUGGCUCCACCAUCAAUGUCUUCCCUGACGGUUACUACAUGCUGCACCACUGGGAUGGAGGCCGCUGCGAGGUGGAUACCGAGGGCACCGUCACAUACUACCCCCGCCCAGACAAAGUCACAGAGCAGCUGCUACCAGAGAGAGAGCUACAGUACGUCCUACGACACAAUGCGGAUGUUAUCAUAGAAACUGUGGACACAGAUGGAAACGUGUUCAAUGUGAAAUCCAAUGGAGACUUCCAAUGUAUCCCAGUUAACGGAGACGAAAUGUCAGAUGUCAGUAAUGAGGAUUUGCCGAAAUCCGAGAAGAAACUUUCGACCUACAGGGAGCAUGCUCCAAGGUUCCUCAUCAUCCAUGCGGACGGAAGUGGGACGGAGCUACUGAGAUACCAGGAUAUUGCGGAGUAUCUGACUAAUGCGGAACAGAGUCCCGCUACAGCUGUAUUGAAGGACGAACUAGCUAAUUUCCCAGGCGUCACAGGAAUCACCAUCUUGAAACCAUACAUUGGCGGACCAUCAGAGAGAUGGCUGAAGAAAUACGAUCAGGAGUCCAUCAUUCCGCAUGGAAUCAGGUGCAGAGAUCUGACUACUCUGCCUCCUAAAGAAUUCAAGACACCUGGUUCUAAAUUUGGAGCAAAUUUAGGUCAAGGUCUCUCUGUGGGCGGGGCUGUUAAACAACCAGUCAGGAUUCCUAUCCUGAAGUGCCCCAGUGUGUUGGAGCUCAGACAGAUGAUUCAGUACAAGCCUGUUUCUGCAUCACUCAGAGAAAAGUUACAGAGUGGAUUGAGGGAGUAUGCUGAGUAUAUAAUUGAGAGGAACAAAGUGGCGGAUUACAUGCAGGUGGUGGAUCCAAGAACUGAGGAGGAGAAGAUCAACGCCUCUGAUCUCCAGGAAAUAGGUCUCCAGCAGGCCAAGGACAAGAACUAUGCUUCAGCCAAUGUCAAAGAGCUGUAUGAGAGGGCCACAGCUCCCCCCGAGCCAAGCCCCCCACCCACACCACAGCCCAAGAGGACCCAGGCUGACUGGGAACGUGACCAGAGAGAGGUCUCGGAGGAAAAGGCUGGGAGGGAGGCACUCAAAAAGAGAAACAUUCCCAGUUAUUUUGACAGCGAGUUUGGCAAAGCUUUCCUGCUCACUCAAGCCAAAGAUGUGGACGAGAUUUUAAGGGAGCUGUCGGCCGACCCCAGGAAAGAUGGAACUGAGGCUGUCAGAGGUCAGCUGUCCGGCCAGAGUGGUCAACAAAUGAGUCCUGUUACCAGCGCCUACCCUGCUAGAUCACUGGCCGCAGUGACCUCAGUUCAGAGUGAUCGAUCAAGCAUGUCGCCAGUGGAUACGUUACCCCCUAAAAACGUACCAGACACACCCUUGUCUUAUGCAGAUAAUGAAAUAAGAGGAGUGUACACAGAAACAGUACCUUCUCGAGGAGGGGUGAGACCAGGUAACCCAACCCCAGCACAUGCCCAGGGUCAAGGGUCACCUGCCCCCAUCCGACCCCAGAAUCCAACCCCUGUCCAUGCAGGAAAGGAUAAAACCGGAAGACCAAUCAAUCCAACCCCCAAACAUGCUGGAGGAGGAAUGGACUCACCCUCAGAUUUACCAUCACAGCUUGACUACCCUGCCAUAAUAAUGGAACAGCCUUUAGAGGAGGAAGUGGAAGAUGAAGUUGAUGGUGAAGAAUUGACCUUGACCAAAAGUCUGAAGGUCAAUGUUCUUGGUCAGCCCCGAAAGAACCCAGUGCCCUUGCCAACUGGAAUAAAAGGUGGUCGUCCAGGAGCCAUUCCAAAUAUCAAGUACAUUUCCAUUGAGGAGCCAGUGAGGAGAAAAGUCAACACCUCCCUGACCGCGGGGGCCUCCAUAAAGGGACAGAACCAGCUCUCCCACAUGAGUGGGUUGAUCCUGUUCCCUGAGGAGGUUGAGUUUGGGGUCCUGAAGGAAGGUUGUACAUACUGUUACACAGUGUACCUCAAAAACACAGGGAUUGAUUCCUGUAGGUUCAGGAUCAAGCAGCCUCCCCCAGCCACGGGGCUUAGGAUCAUCUAUAAUCCAGGCCCAAUUGCGGCUGGAAUGAGGAUGGAGUUGAAUGUUGAGCUGUACGCCAUUGCUGUGGGGGUAGAGGGUGAGAUGGGGGUGGGGUCAGUCCGCCACGACCUGGAAAUUGUCACCCAGACAGACGUCCUCUUCCUUCCUAUCGCAGCAACUGUUCUGACGGCUUAUGAAUAUGACCACAGAAGUCCCAACAGUCCAAAGGGAGGCAAAUCCAAGGGAGCUAAACUAGUGUCCACCAAGCCACCAGCUACCACUGGCAUCAUCCGCCCCCGUAAAACACCGCUAGGAAUUGGUAACACCAGUGCUUCUUCCUUUGUGAGAUGAACCAUAGAAUAUGUGAAUGGUUCACAGACAUCUCCGUCCAAAUAAUAUUCAGAUAAAAUGCAUUUGUUGUUAUACUAAGGUCGUGUGGAUUUGGUUGCUUUUCCAACUGACUGUGAUAUUUUAUAACAAUUAUUUAAUGAAGAGGAUUCAUUUAUGAAUGUUUAUUACAAGUGUUUAUGUGUACCGUCUAUAUGUGAUAUAAAUAAAAACAUUGUCAACUAUAA